GGGCACUGGGAAGAGUUUAGCAUAAGGAUUUCUUUUAAAGCCCAAUAUGACAGUUGCUACUGGAGAUCCUGCAGAUGAAGCUGCAGCUCUUCCCGGUCACCCGCAGGACACGUAUAACCCUGAGACCGACCAUGAAUGCUGUGAGAGGGUGGUCAUUAAUAUUUCGGGUCUGCGCUUUGAGACACAGCUCAAGACACUAGCCCAGUUUCCAGAGACCUUACUAGGGGAUCCUAAAAAGAGAAUGAGAUAUUUCGAUCCACUCCGGAACGAGUAUUUCUUUGACCGGAACAGACCCAGCUUCGAUGCGAUUUUGUACUAUUACCAGUCUGGUGGGAGGUUGCGGAGGCCAGUUAACGUGCCCUUAGAUAUCUUCUCGGAAGAAAUUCGUUUCUAUGAACUGGGGGAAGAAGCGAUGGAGAUGUUUCGGGAGGAUGAAGGCUACAUCAAAGAAGAGGAAAGACCCUUGCCUGAGAACGAGUUUCAGAGACAAGUGUGGUUGCUCUUUGAGUACCCUGAGAGCUCAGGCCCUGCCAGGAUUAUAGCUAUUGUCUCCGUCAUGGUGAUUUUAAUCUCCAUCGUCAGCUUUUGCCUGGAAACGUUGCCCAUUUUUCGGGAUGAGAACGAAGACAUGCAUGGCAGCGGGCUGAGCCAUCCCCCCUACUCCAACAGCAGCAUGGGGUACCAGCAGUCCACCUCUUUCACAGACCCCUUCUUCAUCGUGGAGACACUUUGCAUCAUCUGGUUCUCCUUCGAGUUCUUGGUGAGGUUUUUCGCCUGCCCCAGCAAGGCUGGGUUUUUUACCAACAUCAUGAACAUUAUAGACAUCGUAGCCAUCAUUCCCUAUUUCAUCACCUUAGGGACGGAGCUGGCCGAGAAGCCGGAGGAUGGUCAGCAAGGCCAGCAAGCCAUGUCCUUGGCCAUCCUUCGAGUCAUCCGCUUGGUGCGGGUCUUCAGGAUCUUCAAGCUCUCCCGACACUCCAAGGGGCUGCAGAUCCUGGGGCAGACUCUCAAGGCCAGCAUGCGGGAGCUGGGCCUCUUGAUAUUUUUCCUCUUCAUCGGCGUCAUCCUCUUCUCCAGCGCCGUCUACUUUGCCGAGGCCGACGAGAGCGAGUCCCAGUUCCCGAGCAUCCCCGAUGCCUUCUGGUGGGCCGUGGUUUCCAUGACGACUGUUGGCUACGGAGACAUGGUCCCCACGACCAUCGGGGGGAAAAUAGUGGGUUCCUUGUGUGCCAUCGCUGGCGUAUUAACGAUUGCCUUACCAGUGCCCGUCAUAGUGUCUAACUUCAAUUACUUCUACCACCGGGAGACGGAGGGAGAGGAGCAGGCUCAAUAUUUGCAAGUAACCAGCUGCCCAAAGAUCCCCUCUUCCCCUGACCUAAAGAAAAGCAGAAGUGCCUCUACUAUUAGUAAGUCUGAUUAUAUGGAGAUUCAGGAAGGCGUAAACAAUAGCAAUGAGGAUUUUAGGGAGGAGAACUUGAAGACAGCCAAUUGCACCCUAGCUAACACAAACUAUGUGAAUAUCACCAAAAUGCUAACCGAUGUCUAGUCGCUAAAAUCUAGUAACGUAUUUAAAGCUGAAGUGGAACAAUUGCAGAUAUUGAGUGCUGCUCUGCAUUGUAGUUAAUACAGUAUUUUCUACGGUGUAUAUUUGGUUCUGCAUGGGAAGCAAUAGCUGUGUAAGUGACUUUUAACCUUUGAUUUCCACACCGAAUAAGCAUCCGUGCAAAAAAACCCCAACAAACCAUUUUGUUUCCCUUCUCCCAUCCCAGUGGGUUUCCCAAGAUACGGAGCGGUUGGGCAUUUGGAGCAACGGGAUGGGGAUGCAGGGGGCAGCUCCGGGCCAUCCCGGAGUACCACGGAUGCCGGUCCCUGUCCCGUGGAGCUGGGGGACAGCCAGCUUCCAGGCGUGGGGAACGGCCGGGAAAGGUCAGGCAGAGCUUAAUGAAGGGAAGAUGCAGUCGUGUGUCCGAAUUGCUUGAAGGCUCGGGUUUCCGCCCUGGGAAUGCCAAGUGCGAACGCAUCGCCCGGGCUCAUGUUUCAUAACUGAAAAUGCUGCAUGCUGCAAUAGUUUCAGCCACUGCAGUAUGC